AUGGUCAACCGCUUCCCUGACUUGGGCACUGUCCCAGGCAGCGCGGCCGUCGCCUGGACCCAGCCAACGGACGGCACCAGGUGGCCCCCGGGGCCCGUGGGGUCGGAAGAAGAGGCACUUUUUGAAUGGGGGCGAGGGACUGAGCGAUGGGAACGACCGACCCAGGCCGGUGAAGGGUUCUCCUCACGUGCCAGCCUGGCCCAGGUCGCCCUGCACGGCGACUGGUCCCCGCGGGAUCGGGGCCCCCUUGCCCCGGGAGAGUCACCGCAAUGGAGCGAGGCGGGGUCAGCCACCAAGGUGGCCGUGGGGAACGUGGUUGGUGGAACGCUGGCCUCCUGCUCGCCGCAGUGCGUGUGCGACACCCGGCCCUGGCUCACGCCGCAGUCCCUCGCCCGCCAGGCCCACGCCGUGGACGGCAACGACCGGCUGCUGACCCGGGUGCCGCCCGCCCUUGCCCCGGACACCCAGGUCCUGCUACGGCAGAGCCACGAGAUCGCCCGGCUCCCCGGCACGCUCCAGCACCUGCCGAACCUCACGGAGCCGGACCUGUCCCGGAGCCGCCUGGCCAGCCUGCCCCGCCUCCUCACCCUCCACCCGCGGGGGCUGGCGGCCUUGGAGGAGCUUUCCCUGGAUCACAACCGCCUGCUCUCCGUCGCCCCCUCGGCCUUGGCCGGCCUGGCCCGGCUGCUCCGCAACGCCAACCGGCUGCGGGCCGUGGGCCCCCGCUGGUUCCUGCCCCUGCCCCGCCUGCAGCUCCACGUGCUCGGCGAGAGCCCCAUCCUGCGGCUGGAGCCGGGCGGCUUCCGGCCCCUGGGGCGGCUGACAGCUCGGUGCUGGCCGGCGUGGGGCUGCGGGACCUGCCGGCCGAGGCCUUCCAGGGGCCUCUCGCUCUUCGGUAGCCGGCUGGCCCGGGUGCCGGCGGCCGCCCUGCGCCGCCCGCCCCUGCUCAAGUUCCUGGAGCUGAAGAAGAACCCCAUCAGGGAGCUGCGGGCGGGCGAUUUCCGGGGCACCCCGCGCCUGGAGCAGCUGAGCCUCGGUGCCCUGGAGGAGCUCACCGGGGCGGCCGAGGGGGCCUUCGCCGGCCUGCCCCAGCUGGCCAAGCCGGACCUGAACCCCCACCCUCGCCUGGCCUACCUGCCCCCGGCCGCCCUGCAGGGGGCGCCGGCCUUGCACACCCUGCUGGCCACCGACGGGGCCCUGGGGCUGCUGCCCGGCCGGCUGCUGGCUUCCCUGCCCAGCCUGGCCGCCCUCAGCCUGCGGGGCAACCCGCUGCGCUGCGACCGCCCAGCCGCCUGGCUGGGGCUGGCCCGGCUGCGGCGGGUGGACCCCGGGGCCACCCUCUGCGCGGCCCCCCCGGGCGCGGCCGGCCGGCUGCUGCGGGAGGGGCUGGAGGGCGGCGGGGGCCGGGGCUGCCCCCCGGCGUUCCCCCCCCGGGGCUGGCCCGAGAGGCUGGGGGUGGCGCCCGGCGGCUCCGUCACCCUGAGUUGCCCGGCCAGCGCCGAGCUGCCCCCGGAGAUCUCCUGGCUGGGGCCGGCCCGGGGGGGGCCCUGGAGCUGGUCGGGGGUGGGACUGGCCCAUGCUGGGCAAUACACGAGCGUGGCGCAGAACGAGGCGGGCUCUGGCAGCCGCGCCCUGGCGCUGGAAGUGCUGGGGGACCCCCGGUCCGCGCUGGGCCUCGGCCACCAUGUACAUCCACAGCCCCCACCGCAGGUGCCGCUGGGCAGCCAGCAGGUCAACCUGACGCACCUGCAGCCGGCCACGCGCUACGAGAUCUGCACGACCCUGGGGGCCACGGAAACACCCACCCUGGCCACCGCGGCCUCGCCCCCAGAGAGCACAGCGUCCACCCUGGCGACCGCCAUAGCAACAGCAUCCUCCAGAGCACCGGCCUCCCUAGCAACCGCAUCCUUCGCCACAGCAAUCGCCACCUCCCUAGCAACCGCAUCCUUCCCCACAGCAAUCGCCACCUCCCUAGCAACUGGAACCUCUCUGGCAACUGCUGCAUCUUCCUUAGCAACCGUAUCCGCUGCGGCAACCGCGGCAUCCUCCCGCGCGACCGAGGACUUCUCCCUCACAACCGCCUCUGCCCCAGCGGCCCCGGGCACGCAGCGGGCCUGCCUGAACGUGACCAGGGCGGGGCUGGGGCUGGCAGGGCGGGGGCCGGGCGGCGCGGCCCUGGCGGCCGUGACGGGCUCCCUGCUGGCGGCCCUGUGCACAGUGAUGCUGGGCCGCUACGCUGGCCGGCGGCUGAGGGAACUGGGCUACCGGGCUGCCCUCGAGCCCUACCGGCAGCCCCCGGCCACCCUCCUGCUCAGCUAG